UAUAACCUUAAAAAAUCGAAGAGGGUGAAAGCUUUUCGAUGUGGAGAGUAUGAUGACUGUAUUGAAAAAGCAAAAGCGUCUGCAGCUAGUUCUAAUUAGAAGGCAGUAAAAUAUGCACGGAGAGAAGAUGCCAUUCUCCAUGCUCUUGAGAUUGAGCAUGCUCGACUGGGGAAAGAUCGUACAGACUAUAGUCCUAGAAUGGAUAGUUUGGGUGGUGAGAAUGGUAGUUCGGCCAGGGAAUCACCUUCCAUGUCUCAUUUUGGCAAUGGAAAUGGCAAUAUGGAUGAUUAUGGAAGGAGGAGAACCCCAAAUGAUUCAGAGGAUGAUGGAACUGAAGGAGUUAAGCGAAUGAGAGGGCUUGAGGAUCUGGGAGUUGGUACAGCAUCGAAAAGAAAGGUCCAGGCUGGUGGUCUACUUGAGCUAAUUCAUCAAGACAAUGCUUCACUCUCGGAUUCAAACAAUGGGAACUGUGUGUCUAAUGGAAGUACUGCAAAUGGUAGUAAAGGUAACUCUUCUCUGAAAAGAAAGAGAACUCCAGUGGCAAAUGUCCAUGAGUUCUUGAAAAAGAAAAACCGCCGGCGUCCACUCACAAAGGUUUUGGAGAGUUCAUCUAUGGUUUCUGUUCCAGUUAAUUGUGACCAAGCUCCCAAUUCAUGUGGUUCACCUCUCCAGGGAUUAUCUAAUGGCAGGGUUUCUGGACUAGAAUCUACUGAAUCAAAGAGAAGUCUCUCUGUGGUGGCCAACAACAAUGCAGACUGUAAUGGAGGUUCAUGUGAGAAUGGGACCUCUUUAAAUACUUCAGAACCUGCUUGUGAUACUUCCCAUAUCAACAAGCUGAAAGAAAAUGAAAAUUCCAGCCUGUCUGGAUUUGUUGAGAAUGAUUCUUCUGAAAGAUUAAUCGAUGUGCCAUUCAGUGGAGAGCAAAAGCCCUCUGCAGGUGUUUCUCCUGUAGUUGUUUCUUGUUCAUCCGAAAAACCUCAAAAUGGUGCAUUGAGAAGGCAAUCUAGUCAAAUUAGUCAGGCAGAAACUGUAUCAUUGAGAAACGAGGGCAUUAACGAGACUGGUUGUACCAGUUCAGAAGCUGUCCAUACUGAUAUGGAGCAGAGGAUGGAGAAAGGCACUUCAAAGUGGCAGUUGAAAGGCAAGAGGAAUUCAAGACAAACAAGUAAAAAUAGAAAAGAAGAGUCAAGAAAGCAUGUUGACAUGGAUGAUGAAUCCAAUGUUUAUUCAGCAGGUACAGAACAGUUGGAUGGACUUCCUCAGGGUUUCGAUAAAAAAAUUGAUUGCAAUGGCGUUAGUGGGUCCUCAGGUUUGUACAACUGUACUUUACAAGCUAAGUCCAAACCAGUUGCU